AUGUGUUUGGUUCUUAUGCUCAGUCUCUGGCAUUUGGUCAAAUUCGUCCUCUUGGGAUCACUUAGAGAAGCAGAAUUCGAGAGGCUGAAUGAGCAAACUUGGUUCGAGCUUAUGGAGAUUCACUUAGAACUAUGGUGUGCCUCUGCACUUGUUACGGGAGCUCUACGAAACCUUCAGAACUUCCACUUGUUGUACCUCGUGAGAAUGCCACAUCUGCAGCUGCAGGCCAACGCGGAGUACAGCAAGGUUUCCAACAAGGACUCACAUGACUCUUAUGAUGUGAGAUCAAUAGACUUAGAGUCUCAAAGAGUAAUUGAUGCUGCAAACGCUGAAGAAGAACAAUGCAUGUUUGAUGGAGCAGAGCCAUCUAAUUCUCGUAAGAGAGCACCAAUUCAUAUUGAUGACGAAGAUGUUGAACAGGAGAAAGGAAAGACAACAUCAACACAACCGAAGAAGAAAAAGCAGAAUAAGUUUGAUGGAGAUCAAUCCUCUAAAUCUGGAAAAAGAGCUGCAAUUGAUAUUGAUGAUGAUGAUGAUCUACAUGAUAAUGUCGUAGGAGAUAAAGGAAAAGGGAAAGCAACAUCAACAGAACCGACAAAGAGAAAGCAGUAUACAAAUUGUUGGGAGCAUUUUACAGUGUUUAAGAAGACUAUUAAUGGAAAACUUCAAGACAGAGCUGAAUGCAAUCACUGCAAGAGGGAUUACGCCUACAAUUCACACAAGAACGGUACACAUUCUUACAAUCGUCAUAUGGAAACUUGUAAGGUUCGGCUUAGUAAUGCUGAUAUUAGUAAGGUGAUGCUCAAUUCUGAAGCAAAGUUACAAGUUAGGAAGAUAGAUCAUAUGGUUUUUCGCGAAAUGGUAGCUAAGUAUGUGAAGUUUAUAAGCCGGAACACAGCUGCAGCAGACGUUUACAAGUUCUAUGAGAAUGAGGCAGAGAAUUUAAAGAGAGUAUUAGCUCACUUUCCAGGGAGGAUUAGCUUCACUUCUGAUUUGUGGACUGCAAUCACUCAUGAGGGCUACAUGUGUCUAACAGCACAUUAUGUUGAAAGGAACUGGAAAUUAAACAGCAAGAUAAUUGUUUUUUAUGCUUCUCCGCCUCCACAUUCAGGUAUGCACAUAGCAAUGGAGAUUCUAGAGAAGUGUAAGGAUUGGGGAAUUGAGAAAAAAGUGUUGUCCAUCACGUUAGACAAUGCUACUAACAAUGACACAACACAAGAUAUUCUGAAAUCUCAGCUUAUGUUGCGGAAUGAUUUGUUGUGUGGAGGAGACUAUUUUCAUGUGCGAUGCACAACACAUAUUCUCAACAUCAUUGUUCAGAUUGGCCUGAAAGAUAUAGAUGAUACAUUGGAAAAGAUCAUAGAGAGUAUCAAAUAUGUUCAAGCUUCUGAAAAACGUGAGAUAUUGUUUGGAAAAUGUGUUGAAGUGGUUGGUCUACAGUUGAAAGCGGACUUGAUUAUGGAUGUGAAAACUAGAUGGAAUUCAACAUACAAGAUGCUUGAUAGGGCUCUCAAGUAUCGAGCUGCCUUUGGUAAUCUCAAAGUCAUUGAUGGGAGAAACUACAAGUUUCACCCUACAGAAGCUGAAUGGCACCGAUUGAAGCAAAUUUGUGAGUUUUUGGAGCCUUUUGAUGAAAUCACUAAUAUGAUCUCAGGUUCAACAUAUCCAACUUCAAACUUGUAUUUCAUGCAAGUUUGGAAUAUCAACAAUGGGUUGAUAUCGAAUUCACAGAAUCAAGAUGAAGUCAUCAGAAGUAUGAUUGUUCCAAUGAGAGAAAUGUUUGAUAAGUAUUGGGAAGAGGUUAGUGAUGUUUUUGCAAUGACAACAGUGUUUGAUCCAAGGUUGAAGCUAACACUGGUCAAUUAUUGUUUUGAAAAGAACGACAAGGGUUAUGCUCAGAUAAAGAUUAAACAUUUGUGUGGUAAGCUUGCUACUCUUUUUGAAUCUUAUGAGAAUAAGUCCAUUUUCACAUCAACUUCUAUAGAGACACGUGAAACUAAUCAUCAAACUGAUGAGAAUGAAGGAAAAAGGGAGUUUUGGUAA